CUCGCGGCGCGAGACCGGAUCUCCAACCGCAGUUUGGGAUAUGGGGACAUCUAGCGAUAGGGCUUUCCAUUUAUGUAUUUUUCAGUUGUUAUUUAAAAUAAAAGUCAUCAUAAAAUUUAAUUUCGACCAAUUUAAGCACCCAGAUAUUAUAUAGCAUAACAAAUAACAAAUCAACUGAGAAUGUUUGCAUUUAAAAAUAAUUUUGUACCACGUGGACGCAGUUUGAUUUAAUUGAAAAUAAGAAAUUUUCCCUCCAAUUCAGUGGCGCCCUCUAGACCUUGGACGGCAUUUUUGUUUUGAUUGGCGUUGUGCUGUUAAAAUCCAUGCAAAACUGUGGAAAAGUGAGUGAAAAAUAUGUUUUCCACUCCGAAAAGAAAUAAAGCAGGACCGAAUAGUGAGUGUGAAACCGUUGUGACACCAAAUAAUCGUGUUUUAAAUUCUACGAGUUUUAAUAUCACAGACAAAGACCGUGAUAAUUGUAGCCCAAGCCUAAAUGAAAAGGAUGUAAUUUCUCCAGGUGAAACUCGCCGAGGAAGGCCUAGGGCUGCUUUAUUAAACACGUUAAUUUUGGAAGGUUCCACAUCUCCUAGUUCCAUUAAAUGUACAUAUUGUAGUAGAGUUUUUCCAAGGGAAAAGUCAUUGCAAGCACAUCUGAGAACUCACACAGGUGAAAGACCAUAUGUAUGUGACUAUCCUCGUUGUACGAGAAAAUUUGCUCAGUCUGGACAAUUAAAAACUCAUCAAAGGCUCCAUACUGGUGAAAAGCCUUUUAUAUGUGCAGCUCCAAAUUGUUCAAGGAAAUUCACACAUGCAAAUCGACACUGUCCAGAUCAUCCUGAUUUUACGUUAAAGAGGUUCCUUGCUAAACCUCAGCCAAAUAUUGAUAAAACAUAUGAUGAAGCCCAUAGUACUGAAGUAAGGCAAUGGUUGCAAAAUUUUGACAGGAGAAACAAGAGCUCAGUAAAGUCAAAUGAAAAUCUAGACACAACACCAAAAAAAUCUAUUGUGUUCAAACGUGAAGAAUCGGUUUUUAGUAGUGGAAGUUCAGCAUAUUAUUCAAGUUGCUCACAAAUCAGCACUGAUUUAGAAAGUUCACCAAAAUCUGAACUUGACGAUUUAGAAACUUCAAUUUGUAGCAACUCUGGAAGUUCAGAAAGUGAUGUAAUGGCUGAAUCUCCACCACCAAAACCUUCUGAACUGCCCAAAAAAAGAUGGUUACGUGAAGCGGUCCAAGACCAAAGGCUAUGGGAUUCCACUAAUGAUUUGGCCAGCCCCAUAAAUUGGGGGGAAGACUCCUACACAGAUCCCGAGGUGAAUAAAACCUCCGAUUGCAGUGCUGAAAAUCAGAAACGUCCCUCCGUUUUGGUCUGUGUGCAAGGCGGUCGAAGCAAGGAGAUUUCAAGUGAUGAAAUUCAGGGGGCGAUGGCUUUGGUUGAGUUAAAAAAUGGACUGAGUUGUAAUUUUAAUUACAGAAUAUAGUGUUGGAGGUAUUUGUGUAGAAACUUUUUGAAUAACAGUGCAACUUCUUUAGCUUAUAUACAGUUUAACAUUGAUGUAUUUAUUUAUCUUUUUCUCCUGUACAAAUUUUUACAGCACAACACAAUAAUUACAACCAAUUUUAAGUUAUGGCUUAGUAAAAAAAAAGCUAAAUGAAUGUACACUGUAUAUAUAUAUGUAUAUUAUGCACAGAAGUUGCUUCCAGGGAACAUAGUUUGAGCCAACAAAGUUUCAGUAAAUUAUGAAAAAUUACAAAAUUGGAAAAUUAAAAAACAAUUUUUUUGAUCUCUUUUCUAUUGGUGCUUUUCCUUUUUUUUUUAUAUAAUUUCUGCUGUAUAUUAAAGGUACUAGUUUUUCUAUUAACAUUUCUGUCCCCUGUACUAUUGGCUCAUUUUAGAAAAAAAACAUGUGAUAAAGUAUUUAUUGUUUUCAUGUUAAUUUUUUGUUAAUUCUGAAACAAAUUGUUUUUGUUUCAAAAAUUUUAAUAAUGUUUGGAGAAAAAAUGUUUUUAAUUGAUUUACUAAUCGGUCACUUAUUUAUUUUUUUCUAUAUUAUGUAGUCCUUGUGUUUCUCAUUGUUUUAGUAAUCGGCUCUUUUUACAAUUUAAC